AAAAGAGAAAAAUAAAGACAAAAGCCGCCCGAGAGAGGGACAGCCAGGCAACAGCAGAGGAGCCACAGACACAUCGGGGUGAACAUGUCUUCUGCAAUCUCCCGUCACAUUUUCCGUCUUUCCCGCCGCUCUGCCCUGUCUCCGGCCCCUUCCUUCAUCACACAGCCAUGGCUGGGGAGUGUCAGUUGCCUGUCCACCACCACACAACGCAACGCCCAGAUCUACCAGUCGUCACUGGAGGCCGUCAAGGACAUCCCAGCUGGUUCAAAGCUCCUUGUGGGAGGAUUUGGUUUGUGUGGAAUCCCUGAGAACUUGAUCAGUGGGCUGCUGACGACCAAGGUGGAUGGGUUGACGGUGGUGAGCAACAAUGCUGGAGUGGACAACUUUGGCUUAGGAUUGUUGCUGAACCAGAAGCAGAUCAAACGCAUGAUUUCUUCGUAUGUGGGGGAGAACGCAGAGUUUGAGCGCCAGUACCUGAAUGGGGAGUUGGAGGUGGAGUUGACACCUCAGGGCACUCUUGCUGAGCGGUGCAGGGCGGGAGGUGCUGGCAUCCCUGCAUUCUUCACUCCCACAGGCUAUGGCACUCUGAUCCAUGAAGGUGGUGCCCCCAUCAAAUAUGCCUCUAAGGGUGUGGUGGAGCUUCAGAGCUCCCCAAGGGAACACCGUCAGUUCAAUGGGAGGGACUACAUUAUGGAGGAGGCCAUAACUGGCGACUUUGCCCUUAUCAAGGCGUGGAAGGCUGACAAGGCUGGCAACAUAAUCUUCAGGAAGACUGCCCGCAACUUCAAUCAGGCCAUGGUGAAGGCGGCACGCACCACAGUGGUGGAAGUGGAGGAGCUGCUGGAGGUGGGUGAGAUCCCUGAGGACCAGAUUCAUGUCCCAGCUAUCUACGUGGACCGUCUGGUGGUGGGGGAAAAGUACGAGAAGAGGAUAGAAAGACUCACUCUGAAGAAGGAGCGGAAGGGGGCUAGUGCGGCGGCUAGCAACCCUGCCAUGGCCAUGAGGGAGAGAAUCGUGCGUCGCGCUGCCCUUGAAUUCCGUCACGGCAUGUAUGCAAACCUGGGAAUCGGGAUGCCCAUGCUCGCCAGUAACUACAUUCCCGAGGGGACGGAUGUCAAGCUUCAGAGUGAGAACGGAGUGCUUGGUCUCGGUCCCUUCCCUGCCCCGGGUGAACAAGACCCAGAUCUGAUCAACGCUGGCAAGGAGACCGUCACCACCAUCCCCGGCGCUUCGUUCUUCUCCUCAGACGACAGCUUUGCCAUGAUCCGAGGUGGCCAUGUUGACCUGACCAUCCUUGGAGCCAUGGAAGUGUCCCAGUACGGUGACCUCGCCAACUGGAUGAUCCCUGGCAAGCUGGUGAAGGGCAUGGGCGGGGCGAUGGACCUUGUGUCAUCACCAGGCACCAAGGUUGUCGUCACCAUGGAACACCUUGACAAGAAGGGCGGACACAAGAUUGUUGAAAACUGCUCCCUCCCUCUCACUGGCAAGAACUGUGUCGACAUGAUCAUCACUGACAAGUGUGUGUUCAAUGUGGAUAAAGAAGAUGGACUGAAGCUGAUGGAGAUCGCAGAUGGAGUGACUGUGGAGGACAUAGUCUCCAGCACUGGUUGUCUCUUCUCCGUGGCAGAUGACCUCAAGACCAUGGGACAGAUUGAAGUGGCUGAUGAUUAAAUCUCCUCGCAGUGCAUCCUGACAGUUCCUCUCUUUGAAGGUGAAUAGUAGUGGUUGGACCUUAACCCCUUCAAUCUGGCGACGCCGACGUCAGUGUCCGAAGGGCGUCCGACGUCAUCACCAUUAGUCCUCUUUUAAACCUCUUAAUUCUCUUCUAAACCUCUUUAAGAGGAAGUGGAAGAGGAUUAAGAGGAAUUUAGAGGAGGAUUGAAAGGUUUAGAAGAGGAUUAAUCCUCUUUCAUUUCCUCUUGACCCUUUCCAUACUGUGACGCCGCCGUCUGUGUCACGUAUGGAAAGGGUUAAGUGUUGUUAUCAUGGCCUGGCAGCUGUGACUUGUGAUAAUGGGCAUAACAGGACCAGUCAAGUCGGGAGAGGGGGAGAGCUUGAAUGAGAGAGAAAGAGAGAGAGAGAUAUCAGUUGUGCCUCCUGUUCAGUCAAGAGGAGCACCACAUCAUUGAGCACUGCAUCAUUUAUGUAUCAAGUUUGUGAGCACUGUAGAAUGAUUUUGCUUGGACGCUGAUUCUCAGGUUAGUAUCAUCAACACUUUAGUUAAUUUCUAAUAACACACAGUACUGGGUUAAUGAAUGGAGUGUGUGAUUUUGAUAAGCUUUAUCAAAUACCUUAAAAUAUUACCAAUUGUUACCAACCUCCUUAUUCACCUCUUUAUGUUCCAAUAAAAAUACGAAGUUAAAUAGACUUUGUAAAGUGUAACUGGGUGUGUCGUUAAGGGAUUUCUGCAAUAUUGUACAGCGGAGGGUGUGUGUGUUGCUGUAGAUGUGACCUGCUACAACUAGACUACAUGGCGUACUUAGUAUUAGCUCUACCCUUAUUAAUUGUCUGGAGUUGCAGAGAGGAUAUUUUAAUAUUGUAUAUAAUCAAGUUUUGUAAUAAACAUUGAAUAAACCUUU